AUGGAUACUUCUAGUUUUGAUGAAUCUGAUAAUUUAGAUUCAUUAACUGGAAAUGGAAUCAUUAAAACAAACAAUAAUACUUCAUCGAAUAGCUCAAGUAGUAGCAAUAAUAUCGUUUAUAAGCUAUUUAAUAGGGAGAUAUAUGGCAGUACCUCAAGAAAAACAAAUGACAAAUCUCGCAAGAUAUUUGAUAAAAUCCCAGCGAGGCUUCGCUUCUGUCUCAUGGACAUUGUCCCUAUCCAGUAUUUAAGGGAGCAUGUGUUCAUGGGCUUCUCACAGUGCGGCCAGUACCUGUUAAGCUUUACUUAUAGUUGUAAUACCCAAGUAUAUUUUAGAGAAAGUUCCAAAUUCACUCUCCAUUUCCUAUCAUGGGUGCCGGGGAGAGUGGUUCGGCCGGUUCACAGUGUACCUUUAUUUGGCGAUGACUGUGUUGAUAGUAAAGUUACCAUAUCCAUUGCACAAUGGAAACACAAUCCAGGAGUGCUCGUUGUGUAUGGUAUUUCGGAUUCAUGUUCAGAACGAUCCUACCUCAGUGUUAUUGGAGUACCUCGCUUAGGAUGUAGAAAAUGUUCAGCUAUUUCAAGAGAGGAAGAUGAUACAGAUUUAAGUUGGAGUAAACGUUGUUUGGAGCACAGUUUCGCGAUACACACUCGUUUCUUCUGUACUUCCGACUCCAGCAUGUAUGAACCGGUCGUCCAACUAGCGUAUUCUAACCAAAUCAUUAUAUACACAGACUUCAUACACAUACUAGAGAUAGAUUUCGUCAAACCGGAUUCAGAGAGGACUAUCCCACCGGAAGAAGUUACUAUAGAUGAUAGAGAAGAUAUUAAAAUAGUCGAUACAGUUCCCAGUAUUCCCGCAUCAGACGCGUCCACUUUCCAGUCUCCCAAAUACCAAAACAACGUCGUUCAGAACAUUCUAGCUGAUUUCUCAGACUUCGAAGUCGAACCCUACCAAAUGUCUCGACCGGUCCAUUUGCCAGAUGUAAUGGGACAAGAGUUAUGUAUCCAGGCGUCCUCGAUAUCACAUAAUUUGAUAGAAGAAUGGGAGGGACCCUCGCCAUCUAUCAGAACGUUAAUCAGCCCACCCUUGAGAUCCCCACGUAGGAGACCAGCGGAGAGCAUGUCCAGGUUUAACGAAACACAUAGAACAAUAGCCGAAAAAGCAUACGAGUUCGUCGAAGAAGCGGAAACCAAGUGCGAGAAACUCAGUAUGUUCAGGAAGAGACGGCUAGCUGAUAAGAAAUACGAAUUCUCAGAGGAUAAUAACGAAAACAUUGUUCCUUUUAGAGUAUUAAGAAGUAACAGGAAAUAUUACACAGGGUCGACUAGUAAGAGUCAAAGUAAGCGGGCCAAGUCGCCGCCAGUUGAGAGCGUGGUGCUGAGGGCGCAUAACCAGAUAAGUAGACCUCCCUCACCGACUAGUAUUGACAAGAGUUCAGAACUGACCUCCUUAGAGUCGGAUAGGAAUAGCGAAUCGGAAUAUAGAGUGAUGGAGAUGUUAGACGACGGGUCCCUAAAGACGGUCUCUGUACAUGACAAUACAUCUAAGACGUUAUCUGACUGCCCCGUGAGUCCGCAGGAUCCGUACUUAGUACAUUCAGGGAACUCUAAAUGCAGCAAGUUCUUCACACGAUACUUCCUGGAAAGUGAUGAUGAGAUCACAUCCAUCAUAACAGAUUCCGAAGACGAUUGCAUCUCAGGUUACCACGUAGCGUUGCCAUUAUGCGGUCAAGGGUCGGGUCAGCCGCUCCAGGCGGUAGGCGCCGGCGCUUGGGAGAAACGAACAAGCGACAAGCUCACACUGAGAGCAAGACAACGAUCACUCGAUACAGAACUACUCUGUAACGAGGUCUGCGGACGACUGUGUCAGCUGAAAGGGAAGAAGUUCAUAUACUGCUUCGACUGGGGUUGCCAUGUCAUAGAUGUCUGCCAUUCAAGUGGAUGUCUCUCCGGGUUAUGCGCUAUGUGGUUGUGGGCGAGCGAGGACGCUUCUUGUGGCCAGUGUGCCGCUUGUGACGACGCCGCCGCCGCCUGUCUGCAGCAUAGAGGACAGUACUCCGCUGAGUGUCUGUUCGUGUGGGACCUGGUGACGGGCGUGUACCGGACGGAGAAGGUGUCCAUGACCGAGGACUCGUGUCACGAGGGGAUCAGAGCGUCAGGUGUAGAGCGAGCGCGUGCUCGUGCGGCUGCUCUCGGCGCUGUAGCGGGCCCUCAUCACCACCCACGGCUGUUGUCAACACUUACCGGUAACGGCAAAUCCCUCAAGAGACUGACAGAUGUAGAUAACUGUGUAGAAAUAACGAAGAACCACCCAGACAGCUCGGAAUCCGAGUCUGAAACAUCAGAUAAUGACAGUGACUAUGAUUGA